CGCCCGCGGGCCGUCCGACCAAUCGCAGCCCGCCGAGGCGGCGGCGGGGCCCGCCCACCGGCUCCCUCCGUGGUCGGGGCCGUUGGUGGCGGUUGGGGUCUCGCGGUGACUCGUAGCGCUGCGGGCGGGGCUUGUGCCGGCCCCGCUGUGUGUGCUUCAGGGGAACGGGACGGGAGCGCGGCGUGGGCCAGCGGCCUGCUGCCGUCCUGAGGGCUGAGCGCACCGCUCGGGCCGGGGCUCGUCCGUUUCCUGAAGGUGCAUCGCGUUAAUUGCUGGAAGCGUUCUGAGGCACCGAGGAUGAACUUGCUGUUCGUGCUGUUUGUGGCUGCAAUAGUCGGCUGCCGUGGUCGCUCGGGCGGCUCAGCCCCCAGGCUGCUCUUGGUGUCCUUUGACGGCUUCAGGGCUGAUUACUUGGAAACCUACCACCUUCCUCACCUUCAGGAGCUCGUUGCGGAUGGCGUGCUGGUAAAGCAAGUGACAAAUGCUUUCAUCACCAAGACUUUCCCAAACCAUUACAGCAUCGUGACGGGUUUAUACGAAGAAAGCCACGGCAUCGUGGCUAACGACAUGUACGACCCGGAUGCCAAGAAAAAGUUCUCGCAGUUCAAUGAUUCCGAUCCCUUCUGGUGGAACGAAGCGGUCCCGAUUUGGGUGACGAAUCAAGAGCAGGGAAACGGGACGAGUGCUGCUGCGAUGUGGCCCGGCACUGAUGUGAGGAUUAACAACGCGACCCCUCGGUUCUUCAUGAAGUACAACUUCUCGGUGACGUUUGAGGAGAGGGUGGAGAACAUCGUUAGGUGGCUGAACAGCUCUGAUCCUGUUGUCAAUUUUGCUACGCUGUACUGGGAAGAGCCAGAUGCGAGCGGGCACAAGUAUGGACCGGAUGAUAAGGAGAACAUGCGCCAAGUAUUAGAGCAAGUGGAUAGACACGUCGGUUUCCUUACUAGUAAACUGAAGGCGUCGGGUUUGUGGGAUGCUGUUAAUGUCAUAAUAACAAGUGAUCACGGGAUGGCCCAGUGUUCUCCAAAGAAGCUGAUCGUCCUGGACAAAUGUAUCGGACGUGGUAACUAUACUCUAAUCGACAGGAGUCCAGUUGCUGCAGUGCUGCCGAAGAACAAUAAAAAAUAUGUAUACAACUUACUGAAACAGUGCGCCGAUCACAUGCAAGUAUAUCUCAAAGAAGAAAUUCCAGACAGAUUUCAUUAUCGUCACAAUAAGAGAAUUCAACCCAUAAUUCUGAUUGCGGACGAAGGCUGGACUAUUGUACAAAAUGAGACCCUCUCCAAGCGUGACCACGGUUAUGACAACGCUCUCCCAAGCAUGCAUCCAUUCCUGGCAGCUCGUGGGCCUGCUUUUCGUCAGGGUUACCAGCAGAGCGUGAUCAGCAACGUCGAUAUUUACCCAAUGAUGUGCCACAUCCUGGGACUGACGCCACAGCCGCACAACGGCACUUUCAGCCACACCAAGUGCUUGCUCGCUGACCAGUGGUGCAUCAACCUCCCAGAAGCUAUUGGGAUAGUGAUUGGGGUGCUGAUGGUACUGACCACCUUCACCUGCGUUAUAAUAAUCAUCACAAAGAGCAGAGUAGCUCCUCCGCGUCCGUUUUCCCGGCUUCAGUUACAAUCUGACGAUGAUGACCCUUUAAUUGGAUAGCGUGUGCUGAGCUGAGCAUAGCUUGCAAAAGUGAUUUCAGCAAGCGUGUUUGAACUUGCACUGCAGGGCAUUCUUUGAUGCACUUUAACCGUGUAAAAUACUGUACAGCCCGAACCUGCUAACUUGUGUGUGUGUGUGUUACCUGACUUGUAGGCCUGUGAAAUUCAGAAGCCCUGAACGGGUGGCUUUCUGCUGGAGGAAGUGCUUCAGAAAAUAAAGAUGUUUAAUUUUUCA